GUAGCAUGAACCCCCAAAUGCCUGGGUUCAGCGAUGGACACAUAGGGAGAUAUUCUUCACCUUUGUCUCCUUCAAGUAAUUUUCAUACAGUGAAUCCUCACCGAAUUCCACCCUCAAAUGGUAUUCAUGCCUCAUUAACCCAUCUUCAGACUGGAGCACCUUUUCCAACAGCUUUUCCAAAAGAUAGUGUUCAUUUCAAGCCUCUGCGUUUAGAUCCUGGUAAGGAUAAUGAAUUGGCCAAAACAGACUUUUCAAACCUUGGAAGUCCAGACAAGACCUCUGAUCCCAAUAAAGGAAAUCUGAUUGUACUACUUAGCGACUUCUAUUAUGGACAACAUAAAGGAGAUGGGCAGUCAAAACAGAAGACUUACACAACUUUUAAAUGCCUCAGCUGCUUGAAAGUUCUAAAAAAUGUGAAGUUUAUGAAUCAUGUGAAACGCCAUUUGGAAUUUGAGAAGCAGUGCAGUGACAGCUGGGAAAACCCCACCACCUGCCAGCACUGCCACCGGCAGUUCCCUACUCCCUUCCAGCUAGAGCGGCACGUCGACAACGUGCACACAACCCAGGAGGCACCUACUGUCUGCAAGAUCUGCGAGUUGUCAUUUGAAACUGAUCAGGUUCUCUUAGAGCACAUGAAAGAUAAUCAUAAGCCUGGGGAAUUGCCCUAUGUGUGCCAUGUUUGUAACUACAGGUCCUCCAUCUUUGCUGAUGUGGACACACAUUUUAGAAAGUGCCAUGCAAACACUAAGAAUUUGCUUUGUCCUUUUUGUCUCAAGAUUUUCAAAGCUGGAACACCUUAUGUGUGUCAUUACAGGGGACAUUGGGAAAGGAGUGUUCACCGGUGUUCUAAAUGUCGGCUGCAGUUUUUAACAUUCAAAGAGAAAAUGGAGCAUAAGACUCGUUAUCACCAAAUGUUUAAGAAGCCAAAGCAACUGGAAGGAUUGCCUCCUGAGACAAAAGUUGUUAUUCAAGUGUCCCUGGGACCUGUUCAGCCAGGAUCAGAGAAAGUUGCAUCCAUCACUGUGAGCACAGCUGAUUCUGAACCAUCUUCUCCCAGUCCUGAAAGUAAAACUUAAGAAAACAAAACAUGAACUCCAGUUUCGUUACCCAGAAGCAAAUAUUCCUAUCCAAAUAACUCCUUGAGAGGCAAAAAGUACAAAUCAUACAUUAUUCAGUAGCACCAAAAAUGUGAAACUAGUGAUUUACUUGAAUUUUUUUUCUUUUAAAUUCACAAUAAUACAGUUUGUUUUAUUUUCCAGUGCUGGGUAUGAAUCUAGAGCCUUGCACAUGCUAGGCAAGUGCUCUACCACUGAGCCACAUUCCCAGCCUCUGCACUAUUGUCUUGAUUUAAUUUUGAGGUGUUAUUUAAGAUAUAUUACUUGAUUUUCAUGUUAACUGUAUGGUUUAAUACAUGAAAGGUACCCGUAUAUGUUUGAGGAAAAACCAAAGUGAAAAUCUAUUUAUU